AUGUGCAGAAUGGUUCAGACAGAAUUCUAUAUUUCCCGUCUCAAACUGAGAAUAAAGAAAAUUAUUCGUCACUGUAAGAUUUGCAUAAUAUUCAGACAAAAAAAUUGUAAACAAAUAAUGGCUCCACUACCCCCUGAUAGAUGCAAUCUCUCAGUACCAUUCCAAACUACCGGGAUUGAUUUCGCUGGGCCUUUCGAUCUCAAAACAUCGAAAUUACGAAAUGCUUCCUGCAUAAAAGGAUAUGUCUCCGUCUUUGUUUGCUUUAGCACAAAAGCCAUACACCUCGAGGCGUGCUCAGACUUGUCAACUCCAGCUUUUCGCGCGGCAUUCGCUCGCUUUAUUGGGAGGCGGGGGCUCCCUCGCAGGAUAGUGUCCGAUAACGGUCGCAAUUUUCUCGGUGCUAGUAGGGAACUAAGCAGAGAAUUUGCAUCGUUUAUAAACUCAGCAGCUGAGGAUAUUUCUCAAAAAUAUAUUACUCAAGGCUUCGAAUGGAGUUUUAUCCCACCACAUGCGCCUCAUAUGGGGGGCCUUUGGGAGGCCGCAGUAAAAAGUUUCAAAUUUCACUUCAAACGCACAGCAGGAGCCCACAAAUUUAAUUUCGAAGAAUUUUCCACCCUUCUCGCACGUAUAGAAGGAAUACUUAACUCUCGUCCAAUCUCAGCAAUGUCAGAAGAUCCAUCAGAUCUGACAGCCCUGACUCCAGGACAUUUUCUAACUGGAAAACCCAUAAUGGCGUUCCCAGAACCUAUGACCGAACAAAUAGCCCUAGUUAAAAGAUGGGAACAACUAAAAGCUCUUCACCAUCAAUUUUUCCUAAGAUGGAAGGAAGACUACUUGAAGGCUCUACACAAAAGGUACAAAUGGAAGAAUCCUUCAUCUAAUCUCAAACCCGGCGACCUAGUUGUAGUCAUCGACGAUUUACUCCCUCCAUCCGAAUGGAGAUUAGGGCGUAUAUUAAAUACUUACAAAGGUUCUGAUGACAACGUUAGAGUAGCUGAUGUAAAAAUCGUCAAUGGAGUUAUAACUCGUCCCAUUGUAAAGCUAUGUUAUUUGCCAUUUCUCAAAGAAAAUGAUGCCCUUACAAACUAAUUCCUACUUAUCAUUUAUCGUUUGUCACCAAUUAACAACUUCAUUUGCUCACUCUCAUGAUUAUCAUCAACUAAUCAUACACUUUUUUCCUUUUGUUUUUCUCUUUCUCUCUCAUUUUAUUGUCUUUAGGUCAAAUCCAUCCAGGCGGAACCCCGAAAUUCACCAAUGCAAGGUGUGCAGACAGUUCCACGCUCUCAGGUUUUGUCGCCGAUUCUUAAAAAUGAGUAUCACGGAGAGGAAUAGAGUGGUACACCGAUACCGGUACUGUAAAAAUUGUCUUGCUAGAAGCCAUCAACUCAGAUCAUGCACAUCUUUAGCUACUUGUCGCAAAUGUGACCAUCUCCACCACACGCUUCUUCAUCCUUUUGGUGGUAGACAAAAUGACCUGCGUGUCCGAAUCAGCCAUGAGUAUAGAAAAAGUGAACGUAAAACCAACAGACAAACCAUAACCAACAACAUUCAGCCAGCCGGAGUUUCAAAUUCAUCGUUGACUCCAAAUCAUCAAAUAAUUUCUGAGGCCAUCCGAUCCCUGGCGCAAGUUCUUUGCGUACAACCCGGCACCAAGAGUGCACAACUCCGAGAUGGCCGGCAUGUUUAAAAUCAAUUAUUUUAAACCAAACAUUUAUAUUAUUUAUGUAAUAAUAUAACUACGUAUUUCUUUAUAUUGAAUUCUAUCUUUACUUAAAUCUUUUACCAUGAAUUGUAUCUAUAUCCAAUGUCAUGACAUUAUAAGCUGAUAUAGCGACUAUUUAUAAACUAACGUUAACAGAAAACUAUUGUGAAUUAUAAAUUAUAAAAUAAUGCCUAAAAUCGAGACUUGCAAAUCUUUUGUGUCUUACUGAAGUCUUAUUAUAGGAAAAUGAAUAUUGUAAUUUUUACUUUUUAGUCUGCUACCAACUUAACAAGUUGUCUCUAAGUUCAGUAGUUAACUUUUCGCUUAAACAGUUUUGUAUAAACUUCAAAUUUACUCUUAAGCACUUACUUAAGAUAAGCUAAAUUGUUAACGGUGAGCCGAAAAUAUAUUGAACCUAUAAAAAGCCAAA